AUGGGAGCAAAAGGUCCAAUCAAGCUGGAGAGACCAGCCUCCCCUGUACCCAGCUGUGUGUCCAUGAAGAGUGACUGGUCUAUGCAUGAUCCUAUAGUGUUUAGAGAGGCAGACUUUUCUACUGAACAAAGAAACCAACAGGAGAGAUCAGAGUCAGGGAUUCUCAUUGGUCAGUCUUCCCAGAGUAAUCAAACAGACCUGGCCUCCAUAUUCAGUUUGCUUGAAGAGAAUAUUAUGACAUUUGUGAAGAACGAGCUGAAGAUGUUCAAGAGGAUUCUUAGUCCAGAACUCCCAGAAGGCUUUGAGAGUAAGAAGCAGGAUAAGGAAGUGGUGGAUGGUGAAGAUGAGAAGCAGGAGAGCAGUGCCAGAGAGGGGGCUCUGAAGAUCACACUGCACAUCCUGAGGAAAAUGAACCAGAAGGAGCUUGCUGACACACUGGAGAAAUAUUCAGAUGAGCUUGCUGUGAUUUGCCAACGUGAACUCAAAUCUAAUCUAAAGAAGAAGUUUCAAUGUGUAUUUGAGGGGAUCGCUAAACAAGGAAACCCAACACUUCUCAAUAAGAUCUACACAGAGCUCUACAUCACAGAGGGUGGAACAGGAGAGGUCAACAAUGAACAUGAGCUCAGACAGAUUGAGACAUCAACCAGGAAACAAGCAAGACCAGAGACUGCAAUCAAAUGUAACGACAUCUUCAAACCCUUAACUGGACAAGACAAACUUAUCAGAACUGUGCUGACAAAGGGAGUCGCUGGAAUUGGAAAAACAGUCUCUGUGCAGAAGUUCAUUCUGGACUGGGCUGAAGGAAAAGCAAAUCAGGAUGUCCAAUUUGUAUUUUCAUUCCCUUUCCGGGAGCUGAAUUUGAUGAAAGGGGAACACACUUUCUUUGAAAUUCUCAAUCACUUCUCAAUGGAAACCAAACAAUCAAGAAUCUCCAGCUAUGACGAGUACAAAGUUCUGUUCAUCUUUGAUGGUCUGGAUGAGUGCCGACUGCCCCUAGACUUCCAGAACAACAAGAUUUGUUGUGACGUCACAAAGUCAACCUCAGUGGAUGUUCUGCUGACAAAUCUCAUCAAGGGAAAUCUGCUUCCUUCUGCUCUCCUCUGGAUAACUACCCGACCUGCAGCAGCCAAUAAGAUCCCUUCUGGGUGUGUUGACCAGGUGACAGAGGUACGAGGAUUCAAUGACCCACAGAAGGAGGAGUACUUCAGGAAGAGAUUCAGUGACGAGGACCUGGCCAGCAGAAUCAUCUCACACAUAAAGACAUCAAGGAGCCUCCACAUCAUGUGCCACAUUCCAGUCUUCUGUUGGAUUUCUGCAACAGUCCUUGAACACAUGCUGAAACAGAAGAGAGAAGAGAUGCCCAAGACUCUGACUGAGAUGUACACACACCUUGUGGUGUUUCAUACCAAACAGAAGAAUGAAAAGUAUCUUGGGAAAGAAGAGACAGGUCCACACUGGAAUAAAGAGAGCAUUCUGUCACUGGGAAAACUGGCUUUUCAACAGCUUGUGAAGGGCAAUCUGAUUUUCUAUGAAGAAGACCUGAAAGAGGCUGGCAUUGAUGUCAAUGAAGCCUCAGUGUACUCAGGAUUGUGCACACAGCUCUUUAAAGAGGAAUGUGGGCUGUACCAGGACAAGGUGUACUGCUUUGUUCAUCUGAGCAUUCAGGAGUUUCUGGCUGCUGUAUAUGUGUUCCUCUCAUUCAUCAACAACAAUGAGAACCUAAUGUCCAAACCUCAAUCAAUGUCCAGGAACCUUUCUGCGCUGUUCAGAGAGAAGCCUAAAGUUACUUUCUACAAGAGUGCUGUGGAUAAAGCCUUACGAAGUGAGACGGGAAACCUGGACCUUUUCCUCCGCUUCCUUCUGGGCCUCUCACUGGAGUCCAAUCAGAAGCACUUACGAGGUCUACUGACAAAGACAAGAAGCAGCUCACAGAGCCAUGAGGAAACAGUCAAGUACAUCAAGGAGAAGAUCAGGGAGAAUCCCUCUCCAGAGAGGUGCAUCAAUCUGUUCCACUGUCUGAAUGAACUGAAUGACCAUUCUCUAGUGGAGGAGGUCCAAAGCUACCUGAGCUCAGGAAGUCUCUCUAGAGCCUACCUGUCACCUGCACAGUGGUCAGCUCUGGUCUUUGUGUUGCUGACUUCAGAAAAGGAGCUGGAUGUGUUUGACCUGAAGAAAUUCUCCAGAUUAGAGGAAGGUCUUCUGAGGCUGCUGCCAGUGGUCAAAGCCUCCAGAGUUGCUCUGUGA